UAAGGCGAUUACUUGAACAGUGUGACUCCAUAUGAUUUUUUAGAAAAGCUAAAUGGGGGUGUUGUGCCUGCCAACGCCUCGGUGAAUUCAACUAUCACAGAGUCGAGUUACGCAACGCGACGUGAAUCCUCCCGACUCCGCCGCUGCUGCGUACAAAGCGUAAAAAUCCAGGCUCAUCAUAUCUGCGCUCUCGUGUUUCGUCAGUGAUGCACUAUCCCGUGCCUCCCCCCCAUACGAGGCAUGUCUUCUCCACACCACACCGCUCCUGCUUCCUCGCAUGAAUUUACCGCUCCGUCGACUCUUCCCAGUUGAACGAGGCUUAUUUCACCGAAGGGCUUGGUGUUUGUCCGGCCCACCGCAGCCGCCCGGCAGCUGUGCCCUCUGCUCCUGAAGGCAGUCCCCGUCAUGACCUCCCCUUUCUGCGAUUCUGCCGAUAUUCGCUAAAUGGGAUUCGUGGCCGGCCCGAGGUUUCCACAUCAACUGGCCAUCCGCUUCCAUUAUUUCUCUAAUGAGGACAGCCAUAAGGAUUUAACACGGUUCCUCGCUGCGCGUCUCUGAUUUUUGGGCUGAAUCUCCAGACGCGUCAAAGGUCUGCACAUGGGGGCGGGCAAGAGCAAGCCCAAGGAGCCGGGCCAGCGCUCAAUGAGCCUGGACGGCACCAUCGGCACGGGCUCCGACAGCGGGCACUUCCACCACCUGGGACCUGCCCAGCAGACUCAAACCCCCAACAGGAGCCCUGCGGUCAGUACAGGCAGGCGGGGGCAUCAAGGGCAGCACCAGCUCGCCCCGACAAACACUCCUGAGCUGGCUCUGUUUGGAGGGGUGGACCACACGGGCACCAUCACCUCGCCUCAGAGAGGACCUCUAUCAGGAGGUGUCACUACUUUUGUGGCGCUGUAUGACUAUGAGUCACGGACAGCGUCUGAUCUGACCUUUAGGAAAGGCGACAGGCUGCAGAUUGUCAACAACACGAAAAAGUACAGCUUCAGAGAAGGGGACUGGUGGCUCGCUCGCUCUCUGACGACAGGAGAGAGUGGUUACAUCCCCAGCAACUAUGUGGCUCCCUCCGACUCCAUCCAAGCAGAAGAGUGGUAUUUUGGGAAGAUCACUCGGCGCGACUCCGAGAGGCUCCUUUUAAACCUACUCAACAGACGAGGAACCUUCUUGGUGAGGGAGAGCGAGACCACUAAAGGGGCAUAUUGCCUGUCAGUGCUGGAUUAUGAUAACACCAAAGGCCUGAAUGUUAAACAUUACAAGAUCAGGAAGCUUGAUAGCGGAGGUUUCUACAUCACCUCCCGCACCCAGUUCACCAGCCUCCAGCAGCUAGUCUUCCACUACCGCAAGCACUCUGAUGGGCUGUGCCACGCUCUAACAGACGUGUGUCCUGUGGCCAAACCUCAGACCCAGGGACUGGCCAGGGACGCCUGGGAGAUUCCCAGAGAGUCCCUCCGCCUCGACCUUAAACUGGGACAGGGCUGCUUUGGAGAAGUCUGGAUGGGCACGUGGAACGGUACAACACGGGUAGCCAUCAAGACCCUAAAACCUGGCACCAUGUCUCCAGAGGCCUUUCUUCAGGAAGCACAGGUCAUGAAGAAGCUGAGGCACGAGAAGCUGGUCCAGCUGUAUGCUGUCGUAUCUGAGGAGCCAAUCUACAUUGUGACAGAAUAUAUGAGCCAAGGCAGCUUACUGGACUUCCUCAAAGGGGAAGCAGGAAAGAUGCUUCGUCUGCCUCAGCUAGUAGACAUGGCAGCUCAGAUUGCAGCAGGCAUGGCCUACGUGGAGAGGAUGAACUACGUCCACAGAGACCUGCGAGCUGCCAACAUCCUGGUGGGAGACAGCCUGGUGUGUAAAGUAGCUGACUUCGGCCUGGCGAGACUUAUAGAAGACAACGAGUACACUGCAAGACAGGGAGCUAAAUUCCCGAUCAAAUGGACGGCACCGGAGGCGGCUCUGUACGGUCGCUUCACCAUCAAGUCCGAUGUCUGGUCCUUCGGUGUGCUGCUCACAGAGCUGGCAACUAAAGGCAGAGUCCCCUAUCCAGGUAUGGUUAACCGCGAGGUGCUGGACCAGGUGGAGCGCGGCUACAGGAUGCCCUGCCCCGCAGAGUGCCCCAGCUCUUUGCACGAGCUCAUGCUCUCUUGCUGGAGGAAGGACCCAGAAGAGAGGCCUACAUUUGAGUACCUGCAGGGCUUCCUUGAGGACUACUUCACCUCCACAGAACCCCAGUAUCAGCCUGGGGAGAACCUAUAGAACCACACACUGAACCGGACCUGGUUAGGGUGGUGGUGGGGUUUGGGGGGGUGGGGGACCUCAACACAGAACGAUCUGCACUAACCGACCUCAGAGGAAUACCUGUGGGAGGAUCUGAGCCUGUGAAACUCAUCGGGGGAGGAACUUGAGAUUCUUCUGUGGAAGCAAAACCGAGACAGAAACCUGCAGACAUCAUGUGCCAUAAAGAAACUGCCACAGAAGAACCUGAAGAACCUCCUCUCUGCAAGCACUCACUGUUUACUGAAGGUUUUCCUGCAGACGUGAGCUUCGCGGCUGUAACGGAGAACUCCUGGUGAACAGACUCUGGCUCUGAUUUGAUGGGUUUUUUUUGUUCGAGAGGUGCGACUGAAGUGGGAGGAAGCAAAUCAGGAUCUACAGACUGAGCGAGGGGAAAAGAAUAAACCUCCUGUUGAAGAGAGAAGGUCAAGGGAGGAUAUUUCAGGCAUGAGCUGUUUAGCGAAACCUCCCUCUUUCCCUCUUCUGUCGUGUCUCUUUACCCUCGCCUGGUACCUUUUCCGCCCACAGAAAGAGCACUGCCACUGUGGCUCAGGUGCCAAAGGAAAAGUCUGUCUCUCUUAGCGUCCUUUUAUCUCCUUUCUGCCUCUCUCCUCUCUUUCUCUAUUUCUGUCUGACUUUCAGUAUCUCCCUCCAGUUUUCUCAAGUGCUGCUUCUUCAAAGUGUCUCCAAAUAACUCAGCUCUGGAACUCUAUUUUGCAUCUUUAUUUAUGUUUACUUGGACAAUAUGUGGUUUAAGGUUAUGUUCAGUGGCAGAUAAAAAAGGUUCUCUUAAUUUUUCUGUGAUUAUCAAUAAAUAGGCAAGGUUGUUAGAACCACUAUGAUGGUAGUGCCAGGGUAAAUAUGCUCAACAGGCAGGUUCUGUAACACUGAAAAUUAGGUCAGUUUAAUUAAAAUUUGAGGCCUUUCUCUCUCACUUAACCCUCCUUGUCUUUUUCUUGUUGUUUAUCUUGACCAACCUCGACAAUUAAAACUGAUUAUGAUGCAGGUUCUGUUUGAACGCUUGCUGUUUUUAUUUAAAUUAACUGGAAAGAAAUAAUGAGCACUGUUAUGGUGGCACUAAAGAGCAGUUUUAAUACUUAUCAGCUAAUCUCCUCGGAGGCAUAAAUGGGCUAACUUUCAUCAAACAUUCAUGUGACCUACUAAGAGGCUACCAAACCAAUCAUAUUAAUAUUCAACUCGGCUCAAGAAGGGAAAACCCUGAGAGUAAAAGCCUACAUCGUUGUGUGCCAAACAAAUCACAUUUCUUUACUGCUGUCUAUGUAUAUAAUGUUUUAUUAUCAAGCAGCUUACUCUAGGGUUUUUUUAGUCCUCAAACUUUUAAUCAAACAAAAUCCCCAGUAAACACCAUGUUUGUGAGGAAACUGGACAGAUGAAACUGUUAAAGGGGACAUAUUAUGAAAAACUCACUUUUUCAUUGCUUGUGCGCAAACAUUGGCCAUCAGGAGUGACUAACUAGACUUGGGCGGUAUCUGAUUUUACCAGUGUAAAUGGGAUUAGACUGUCUGUGUAUUUGUGUGUAAACACCCACCGUGCACGCAUGUGUUGCUGACGUUUCAGUAAUGACGUGCACAAGCUCGUGUCAAGGGGGGAAAUUUUCUCACACCUAAACACAACCGUGCACCUUCUGAAUUCACACCUUUCUAACAAACGAAGACUUGCUUAACUGCGUUAUUAACUCCUCUAAAACACACUUCAUUCAAACUCCACAGAAACAAAAAACAACAACAAAUCGAACCACUCUUAGUUACAGAAUUUAGGGUUCAUUUUAGACCAAGUUGGUGGUUGUUGGAACAGUGGAAAGCCUGAGUAUAAUAUGAAAAUAUGCUGCCUCUACACAGUAUUUUCCCUCCACUGUCUGUCUCUGCUGAGCCCCGGCUGCUGCUGUUGUCGGCUGCCCAAGUCAGAAAACAAAAGAUUCAGCAAGACAUUCAGAUUUAUGUCCCCUUCCUAUGUCACAUUCAGACUCACAUCAGAAUAUACCGCCCCCGAUCCGAGUAUCUCCACCACGGCUUGGGAGAUAUGACUUCAUGACUGAAAUCCUUUUAGCGGAAAGUUUUCGUGUUGCUAAGUGGCGUGGUGGAUAAAUGAAACAGGACUUUCAUCCAGGCAAUUUGGGUUGGUGUCUCAAAGUAUUCUCCAACUUUUUUGUUUUGUUUUGUUAUGUUAGGUGGGUUAGGUUUAGGCACCAAAACGACUAGGUUAGGUUUAGGAAAAUAUCACAGCUAGGGUUAGAAGGUUUAAGUUCUCCUAAAAACACUGACCUGUCACCUUUUUUUCAGUCAGGGUGAAUGAACAUAAAGAGAGAGUGUUUCAGACAAACAGUAUUAUUAUUUUUUUGAGCAUUAAAACAUGAAACAAUGUUCCAGUAGAAACCCUAAAUACAUGUAUGAACUCAAAAACAUAUAAAAAAAAAAACCCAUAAUAUGUCCCCUUUAAGGAUCCAAAAGGUUUUCAUUCACUUUACAGCUGUUGUGUCCAUAAAAAUAUGCAACCAGGCGGCCCUAAUGAAACUGUAAAACUCUGAUCAGGUAACCCUAAUAAAACUGUGUUUAUGACUUUACUAUAAGAGUUGAUUUUAAAACCAGUUAGCAUGCUUUUGUGCCGUUCUUCUCUUGACCAUUGGCUGGGUUUGUAUUUAUGCUGUACUGUACAUCAACAUGUGUAUGUUUACUUUACGCAAGGUUCAGGUGAGGCGAGGGGAUCAUAGACAGACUUCUGAACAUUUGUGCCAUCAACCUAUAAUUGGUUUUUUAUAUAUCUUACCCACUGCUGCCAGUUCUCACUGUCAUACUGUACAUACUGUAGCACUGUAGGGUUGGUUUUGUAUCAUGUAAGCCACUUUUCAAAUGGCAGGUAUUUAUGUUGGGUGUCACACAUUUCACAGUGGUUUAGUUUAUGACGUAGUCGAUGCAGCAACAGUAGAUAUAAAGUUAUAGAUUGUUGCCAACAAAUACUAUGAAACCAGUUAUGAAACAAUGAGCCAUGCAGCAAUAAGAGAAAAACGUGAAAUUUAUAAUCAUCCGGUGAUUUUGAAUCCUGACGGCUAAUUUAAUCAAUGAAGACGAUCCUGAAACCACAAUAAAAAAAAAAGGAGUUUAGCUGGCGAUAUGACGUUAAAAAUGAGGUCAAAGAUGUAAAUAGUAUCUUAAACAAAUGACUGUGACUAUCAUGUAAUUUGUUUUUGUAUAGUUUUUCUUUUGCACCUCCAUGUUGAGGUUUUUACAGUGACGCACGCCUGCUCCCAAAAUGCUUCUGUAAAUGGGACUUAAGGAAUGUUUUAUUUUUUAAUAUUGGGCUUAUUAUUUCUGCAAAAGACAAUUUUAAAUUGGGCUCGACAGAUGUGUAUUUCCGAGAACACCUUAUCAGUGCUUUUCCUCUUUAAGAAUUGGAAAUCCCCGGUUUGUUCUGAGGGCUGUAAGUCACUCAACAAUGUGGAAGUUGACGGGCUCAUGACCUCUAUGAGUAAGGCCAAGGUCUGAUUGGAUUAUCUGUGCCAUAUUACAGAAGUGUCUGUCUUUUUUUUUUUUUAACGUUUUUUUUUUUUUAUGAAUCUAUGCAGUUUCGGUCUGGCAUUCCUGCAACUUCAUGGCCAUUUUGUUCUAAAAUUUUAAAAAACGAUCAUUCAUAAACUGAAGGUGUGAGCAUUUUGUAAGACUUCUUUUUGUUUCUUUUUUGUUUCUGAUGUAACAGGAUUGAAAUGGGUAUUGUGCCACUUUAUGUUGAUCUUUAAAUGUGCAAUAAAUUAUAUUUCAAAUGUG